AUGAACAAAAGAACCCGUUUCCUUGAUACAAUAACCGGUUCGUAUUGCAAUUACAAAGUAACACAAAAUAUUCUAGCAUGGAAUGAUUAUAUUAUACAAGAUCGAAAUUGUCUUGAAUUCGGACAAUUUGUAUCAAAUUUACGUGGCUACAAACAAUACCCGUCGAAAAAAGUUAAGAAACAGUCACAAACAGCAACGCUCAACAAGCGACAAAAGAAACAAUAG